GUGGUUUUGGGAGGUCUCUGUCAAAACGGUUCUAUAACGGAAGCAAACUUUCUUUCUUUCCUCGACAUCCUGCUUGUGACUCAGGAGGGUACUGUGCGUGUUCAAGCAAGGAUUUCGGGCUACGUUGUCACUAGAACCAACACUCCCCUUGCAACUGGAGCGUACGAUAUAUAUUGUGAUGGUAUGUACUGUGUGGUGGGGCCGGAAGAAGUUUGGCGAAGCCAUCACUGCUGAUCCCACACAAAUCCUACGAGCUACAUUUCCCCCUAAACCUAGAAUACUCUCGUUUGGUCGAAAGUUCCCCUAACUACUUUUAUCAGGCCGUAUCGAAAUUAGCAAUGAGCGUUCGCUGCACCGGCUUUUUUCUCGCAGCGUCUCCGGCAAGGAGACUAGAUUCCGCGAUGAAAUCCGCGCUCGUGACCCGAAAUGUGUUAUAUCUGGCAUGAUAAAUUCUGACCUUAGUAUCCAAGCUUCGGACUGGAUUUCUUACGAGGCCGCUCAUCUCUUCCCUGUGCACGGUGAAAGUAUUUGGAUUGAUUUGGAUUUUGGGCGAUGGAUCACAGAUAUGGACGAUUCUCCACCAUGCUCGAAGAUCGAUUCGGCACAAAAUGGGCCCCCUCCCCGGUCGCAUGUCCACCAACUGUUUGAUCAGUACCUGGUCUCCGUUAACCCUGACGAUGGCUACAAAGUGGUUGUGUUUAACAGCGAUGUUGAUGGGCUUGAUGGUAGGAUUCUCGAUCCCGUGUGCAGAGACCCGGCCAAUCCUCACUGCGUCUCCGACAAACUUCUAAGAUGGCACUUCCGCCAAUCAGUCCUUGCCAAUAUGAGGGGGCAAGGAGAACCAAUCUUCGAGCACGAUUUCCCACCAGGAACAGACAUUACGGGUGAGAUCUUUGCAGGUCCG